AUGUCGGUCGAUAGAGCUGCAGAAAUAAAAGGCAAUGAGAUCGAUAAAACCAAACGUCGUCAUAAAACUGACGACACUGUUAUUGCGCCAGGAGUAAAUAGAGGAGGCGAAGAUACUAUUCCUUACACUAAAAUGGAGGAAGUAGAUGAAUGCUCUGGAAAGCCUAUGGACUUAAGUUUACAAGGAAAUUCUCACUUGAUCUCUAGCACAACGAGUAGUUUGGCUGAUACUCCCGGUGAUUCUGGUGUUUUAUGUCUCGAUAGCGAAGCUUCCGAGGCUACUAGUCAAGCUUUCAUGACGCACAGUCUUGUUGGAGCAGAAGAAUUAGCCUGCGACAGUGUAUAUGAUGCGAUACCUUCAUGUUCUCAAGAUAUGAUCAAAAGCACCACCAGCAGUAUCAUGACUCGAAGUGAUAUAGAUAAUCAGAAUGUAGGAGAUGAUAUUGUUCCUGAAUUGCUGGUUGAAACUAAUAAAAAACCUCCAAUGUAUGAAAAUUUACCAGAUGUUGUUUUAAAAGCUUUAGAAAGUGAAAAGGUCAGUACAGAGGAAGUAAGAAAACCAGCUUUGAGGACCUCAGAACCGAAGAAGUCACUGUCUGAAGAUAUAGUAUAUCGAAGAAGGUGUCGAAAAAAGUCACAAAGUGGCCCUAGUUCUCAAAAGAAGCGUGUAUCAUUCCAUGAGGACAUUCUUAAUAACACGAAAACCGAUAACAUUCAUAUUGAACGUGGCUUCAUUUCAUAUAGACCGGAUAGUACUUACUGUGAUCGAUUUAAACAAAAAAAUACCAAUGCAAGUGAUCGGUUCUCAUGGUGUGCUUCGGGUGACCGAACGCCCAAGUAUGCAGCGGAUGUUGCUCAACAGACCAUGUCUGACAUCCUCACCUAUGGCGAUUCUAAGCACGAUCGAAGUGGCAUAUUUGAAUAUUGCCAGGCUUACGAACCAGCCGACGUCAAUACAAAUAAUAAUAAGGAUAAAGACAAUAAUAACGUAACCCAGUCCAAUGGAAAGCUGUACGGCUGCGACUCCAACAGCUCAGAUUCAAACUUCAGCUGCGACUCUGAGUCAUCGUCGAGUGACUCAUCGUCUUCCCAUUCCAAUAAAACGGAAACGUCGCCCGUGCACAGGAAAUGUGACAAAACGCAGAAAUCAUACUCGUGCGAUGAAUUUGCUAAUAACGGACAUGUAGCGUUCAUGAGAAAAACAUACUUUUCGGAAGCGGACAUUGAUCAGAAUCAUGACAGAAUGAAGAAACCAUUAGAGGUUUCACAAAGUCCUAUAACAGUUAAGUCUGUUCUAAAAAAGAAACGUUACAUAACAACCAAUGUUGUUGAAGAGAGGAAGCAAAACAACAAAGUGUUAAAUCUGCUCGAUGCAAACAACAUUAUUGAUUCACUUAAGAAUUUUUACAGAAACUUUAACUUCAAUUUCACAACAGAAAAGGGUCUACCGGAAACCAGUAUUGAAUUCAACAAUGUUGUCGAGGCGUUACCAUGUGACGUUAAUCAGAACAGAAAUCUGUCCAAAAGUCUCGAUUCCGGCUUUCAAAUCGAUGACGAUGAGGACUUUGUCGAGAUAAAUCUAAACACUCAACCGGAUGCAGAAAGACCUAAACAAAUACCAAACAACUCCAAGAACCCUGCGGCUGAAGAUCGGAACCCUAACGGCGGCUCCCCGCGCCACAAGCUAACGUUAAACAUGAAGUCGCAAAACGAUAAGAAACUCGUGAACAAAGCCGAAGCAUUCCCACCGCUGAGCAAGUUCGUCGUCAACUGUGAAAGCACGGUAUACGAGCACAAGGGUGUCUCGUACAGCUACGUGCAUGACACUUUCCAGACCGCCUUCGACGCGCCCAAAGAAACAUUCGUACCGAUACCCGAGACUACCCCAGUAAUGGAGCUCGUCACUAGUGCAAGCAAAACCGACUUGAACACCAAACAAGGUGACGGCGAGCCGUCCAGCCGGACAUCCACACCGAAGAGGCAGUUCAACAAAAACGUUCAAGAGGAGACCGAACAAAAGAACGGCAUCUCGAAGCACCUGUCAUCUCCGAAGAAGCAAAACGUCAAUAGAUAUCGCAAAUCGGCGUCGACUGUUCAGAAAAUGACCGAUGAGACCACCCUGGCGAACAGCGACAACUGUUCCAACACGGACAACUCCACGCUGAAAGGCGCAGACGACUUUAACGAGGAGUUCUUCGACAGCCCAGCCAAUCAGAAGCUGCAAUCGAACAAGUCCGCCCUACUCAACAGAUACCUUAAGAACGUUUGCCAAAAGAAGGACCUCGAGCUCAAGAUAAAGAACAACAAGUUCUUCCAAUUCAAACUGCGUCUGGAGAAGGAAUUCCCGAGCAUCAUAUUUCCGUUCAAAGACGUGUCUCAAAGCUUCCGCGUUUCUGCAGAGAGGAUGUCGCGUCUGAUAGACAAGGAGGUGAUUGAGAACAAAAGGCUAUCAGUGCGCCUACUGACGGCCGACGAACCGUCGUACUUCGACAGUUUCGAGGACAACGUCGCUAUCGAAUGCAGUGAGAAACUGAGACUACAGCUGUUCUCGUACCCCAAUGAGACGUUGAACAGGAUGAUGAAGGUGCAGUCUCCCUACAACAUGGAGGAUGGAUCGUGGACCCCUCUACUUGUCUUCAUUACGGACUACGCCCUUUACGUGGCUGAUGUUAAGCCGGGCGGCACCGAGUACGAAUUGCUGUGCCGACUGCCGCACAAUGAAUUGGACGCUAUAGCGGUGGGCCCGGAAGCGCAGUACGUCCAAGUAAUAGACGUGGCGGGGAACAUCGCCUGCUCCGUGGUGACUGCCGAGGGCUCUUUGGGUGCAAGGCUGGCAUCGUCGCUGGAGUGGAGCGCCAGGACAUCGCCGCUGCGCAUCCAGCGUCCUCCCGCCAUGCUGCCCCUCAGCUGCCGCCAGCUCGCGUCGGCUGUGACGAGGAAGCGGCACGAGAAACGGAUUCCUGAAAUCUUAUACUACGGAAGAGCGUGUUCGGGCGACGCCGGAGACAGACUCAUCGAGGCGCCCGGCGCCUUCGCCCCGCCACUCGAGGGCUACCUAAUGUGCAGGACCGACAAGGGCAGGCGAUUCGAACCCAGCUAUUUCUUAUUGAGGGCAGGUGUGCUGCAUUGGGGGCCGCAUUCGCCCGACGGCACGUCACCGCUGCCCCACAACAUAGCGCUGCGCUCCGUGGUGGGGGUGAGGCGCCACCUGGACUCGUCCAGGAGGCCGCACUGCUUCGAGAUCGCCCUGGGGGACUCCAGCAGGCUGCUGCUGGCGGCCCCAGACGACCCCACCGCCUCGUCCUGGCUCCAAUCGUUGCUCCUGCACGCCGCUCAGGCCCUAGAAGAGAAAGAUGGAGCUAAGAAGGCGGACCCCCGCGUAGGAUGUCCACCGCCGGCAUGCACUGUGCUGGUGACGCCCAACGAAGUAGUCAGCGUUCGAGACAGCCUGGACAUGUCCUUUGUUGCAGGCGCUGCCGCUUACCUCAAGGAUAGAGGCUCGGAUGCCCUUCUUAAAGAGUACAUUGAAGAAAUGAGAACUGACAUUGAGAUAUUAGCCUGCGGUUCCAUUAAGAAUCUCACGGCCUUCAAGAUACCUGACACUGACGAAAACUGGUGCUGUUUGGAAUGGAGUGUAUGCGAAGCGAGGGAGAGGGGCGCCGGCCUUGCACUGGUGAUGGCCAGCGGCGCUGAGCUGGAGCGGUUCAUAGCCGCACUGGAGUAUGCUUAUGGUGCCCUCACGAGCGAACCAUUCCCAUUGAGUGUGGUGGACGCGUCCAAAUCGGCAUGUAGCAUCGCCCACGCCAAGUAUGAAGCCGCCUGGUCCCACAUGCUUCCAGCGCAACAG